AUUGCAAGCAACGAUUCAUCUCAUACCUCAAGACUGUGGUCGAACCAGAGCAACUAGUCACAUAAGGCGACAACACACGCAGCUUCACGUACUCAGCGUCUCAUACAACCCCAGUGGCACAGCUAAGCAAGCACCUAGAGCUCCUGUUCAGCUCCAGCCCACCCCUUCACAACGCGGAUAUCAACCUCACUCUGGAGGUUCAUACCCGUAUCUCAACCUCGCAUAUACAAUCAGGGCCGUGUAAUCUCCCACUUGUAUCGCAACAUGGCAGACUCAACAGCCACAUCAUCUACCUCCGCACCUAACCCGGCCGUCAAUGCUCGCUAUGCGCUCCCGGAGCUGCCUAAAGUCGCUGGAGUUGACUUGGAACGUCAACCCAUGGAUGCUUUCAGGCUCGCAGUGGCGAAAGUGGUCGGCGAAGCCUGGGAUAUGGAUCCGGCGAAGAUCUUUCCCGCCGUGGAUGUCGGCAAAAAGGACGCAGACUUGACUGUCGCCAUUCCUCGAUUCCACAAAGGAGGCAAGCCUGAUGAAUGGGCGAAGAAGGUCGUCGACCUCUUCAAACCUUCCAAUGCUCUCUCCGCCCUCAACACGAAGGGUCCUUUUCUCCUUUUCACUCUCAACAAAACUGGAUUCACCUACCACAUGCUGCGUACCAUCAGUCACAUGGCCCGGGACGCUCGCGAAAACCCCACGUCCCAUUCUUUCGCCUUUGGCACAACCGAUGAGAGCAAGGGCAAGCACAUGCUGAUCGACUUCUCCUCACCAAACAUUGCCAAACCUUUCCAUGCUGGACAUUUGCGAAGUACAAUCAUCGGUGCUGUCGUUGCGAAUCUGCAUGAGGCGAUGGGAUGGAAGGUGACUCGAUUGAACUAUCUCGGAGAUUGGGGCACGCAAUAUGGUCUCUUGUCAGUCGGAUUCGAUAAAUACGGAAGUGAAGAAGAGCUGGUCAAGGACCCAAUCAUGCACCUUUUCCACGUCUACGUCAAGAUCAACAAUGAGAACAAGGAUGAGAUUGAGCGUUUCAACAAGGGAGAAGUGACUGAUGGAGACAACACAAUUCAUGCUCAGGCCAAGCGAGUAUUCAAAGCCAUGGAGGAUGGUGAUCCCAAGGCCAUCGCUCAAUGGGCCCGAUUCCGUGACUUGUCCAUCGAAAAGCUCAAAGAGACGUAUGAGCGACUCAACAUUCAUUUCGAUGUCUUUUGGGGAGAAAGUAAGGUCGACCCGGAAUCAAUGCAGCGCGCCAUCAGGAUAUGUGAAGAGAAGAAGCUCACAUGUGAUGACCGAGGAGCUCUUUUGGUCGACUUGACCAAGUGGAAGAUGGACCGAGCCAUCAUCCGUAAAGGAGACGGUACGACCAUCUACUUGACCCGUGAUCUGGGUGGAGCACAUGACAAGUUCAAGAUUUGGCCAUUCGACAAGCAUAUCAUCGUUGUGCAAGCUGCUCAGGCUUUGCAUUUCCGCCAACUGUUCAAGACCUUGGAGUUGAUGGAAGAACCCAUGGCAGGGAAGAUCGAACACAUCAGCUUUGGAUUGGUCAAGGGCAUGUCCACUCGUAAAGGAACAGUUGUCUUCCUGAGCGAUAUCCUAGACGAGGCUACGGAACAGAUGCACGAGCAAAUGAGGAGCAACGAUGUCAAAUACUCACAGAUUGAGGAUCCAGAGACUACAAGUAGGAUCAUCGGAGAGACAGCCGUUAAGAUUCAGGACAUGUCAGGGAAGAGGGUCAACGAUUACGACUUCAACAUGAAACGAUGUACCUCCUUUGAAGGCGACUUUGGGCCUUUCAUCCAAUACUCUCACGUCCGACUGUGUUCGGUUCAACGAAAGAACCCAAACGUUCCAGUGGCCUCCUCAGUGGAAGACAUUGAUCUCAGCGUCUUGGACGAACCGAAAAUCCACGAUAUGAUAUAUCAUCUCUCCUUGUACCCUACCGCCGUUCGUAAUGCCUAUGUCCAAUCGGAACCUUCUCAACUCGUCAACUGGUGCUUCCGAUUAGGUCACUUGGUCGGCUCGGCUUGGGAAACCGUCAAGGUCUCAGGUGCACCCGAGGAAGAGGCGAAAGCAAGGUUGUUCAUGUACAUUCAAGUCAGGGAAGUCUUGGCUUCUGCCAUGCGACUUCUGAGUUUGACACCCAUUGAGCGCAUGUGAGGUAGACCCCAGCUUGCUGGGCAUUUCUCCGCAUUUUGUACGAGUACGCACGUUUAGAUGACCCAUGCAUGGUCUGUCAUGGGA